CGUCCAUGACUAGUGAUUGGUAAAUGAAGGAAGAAGGAAGUGCAGGGAAAGAGUUUAGGAAAUCCCGAGUUCCACUUGAUUGUCACCCCUCCUUCCAGCCACCUUCCAAUUGGCCGAAUACAGACCCAACAUUCGCUUUCUUUAUUCACGUCACAACUAAGUCUACUCUUUCCCUACCCACCCGCUUCUUAUUCUAUAAAUCCUUCACAUCACAACUAAGUCUACUCCCCUACCAGCUUGUUUCUUUUAUAGAUCCUUCCCUCAGUACCCAACACUCCCCUAAACUUUCUCUCUCUCUCUCUCUCUCUGUGUGUGUGUGAAUUCAGUUCUUCUCAGGAAUAAUCAAGGAUACACCAAAUUAACCAAUAUAAUGGAUUCAUCUUCAACCUCAAUUUCCCCAGCUAAGCUUCGAUCUGAUCUCUAUUCCUUCGCAUACCAAGACGAGUCCAACAGCCCACUGGUGAUUUCGGUUCUUGCUUCCCUCAUGGAUAGAACCAUGACGAGAAACGAAAGAAUUACAGGAAAAUGUAACUGGGUGUUGUCCAAAGAUUCCAGAAUCCGUGUUUUCGAUUGCCAUCAGGUACCAGACAUGACAGUUCAGUCUUUUCUCGAGAGAAUCUUCCGCUACACUCGCGUUGGACCGCCGGUUUAUGUCGUCGCAUAUGUUUACAUCGAUAGACUGUGCCAAAUGCAUCCCCAGUUUCGAAUCACACCCAGCAAUGUACACAGGCUUCUCAUUACAACCAUCAUGGUGGCUUCUAAAUUCAUCGAGGACAUGAACUACAGGAACUCUUACUUCGCAAAAGUUGGAGGACUGACGACCAGAGAGAUGAACAAAUUAGAGAUGGAUUUUCUCUUCUUGAUGGGUUUUAAGCUGCACGUAAACGUGAGUGUGUUCGAGAGCUACUGUUGUCAUCUGGAGAGAGAAGUGAGCAUAGGAGGAGGAUACCACAUAGAGAGGACUCUGAGGCUUAUGUGUUGUGGUGAAAUCAAGGCCAAGCAUAGAGAGGAAGAUGGCUUCAACAAUCAGCUUGGCCGUGUUAUCGGAUGUGGUUCACAUUAAUUCAUUUGAACGCGCUUGUGUCCUAACAUUAUACGUUCUCUGUAUAUAGACUAAUUAUUAAGAGUUGUUGGUGUAUGAACUUCAUUGGAAGUUCAUGUGC